CUCUGUCUUCCCAAAGCUAGCCCUGUUGUUGUGCAGCCUGUCAGACGAGGGCCAUUAAAGAGCCUGUUGACCCAGAACCAUCCAGCAGCCCCUGCUGAAAAAUGUCACCCACCCCUUAAGGAAAAAAGAACAGUAGGCAGAAAUGACAUAGCACAUUGCCCUGGAAAUCCCUUGUGUAUGGGUAGCAGUAUCUCUCUAGCCAGCCUCCUCUGAAGCUUGUCUGGCCCAACCUCCAACAUAAUCCUUUACUUCUUACAGAUACAAGGGAUAAAGCAGCACGACAUUACCACCUCCAAAUUGCCCUGCUCUGAGAUGGGAGUGUCUCCUUUUUCAGCCAUGUCACAGCUCAGACUAGGAAAAGGCUGCAUCCCUGUGAGAUAAUGCCAGAUACCUCAUUGACCCAUCAGAUCAUAUGCAUCAGAAGAAAGAGAUGGAAUCAGGGAAUCAGAAUGAUAAAGGAAGCUUGAGGCUUGGCCAUCCUACCUCCAAGAGUCUGCAGUUCCCAUGGGAAAGGGGACGUUACUUACAGAUGAUAAAAACUCCAUGUGUGACAGCUAUUGCCUUCUGUCCAAUAUUAACAAAACAAUCUGUACGUGAUCAUUAGACCCUCACUCCCCCAGAACCCCUCAGAUGGAAGUCCCAGCCUGGCCUUUUUCAAUAGCUCUUAGAGUUCCUUUCACCCUGCGGACAAGAUUUUAGAGGAAUAGGGGAAAGAUAUCUCUGGGGGCAGCUGGAGGGAACAAAGCAGUACUACAUGUUCUUCACUCCUUUACAGGAUAGCAGCAAGGUACCCUUCUAACUACCCAUGGAUAAGAAAGCAAUCUAGUUUGGCUGAUAGGAGAGCUCUGAAAAUUCGAAUGUUCCUUUCUUCACCAGUUUCCAAGCCCUUUCCUUCCUAAAGAUUGGAGGCUAGAUCGAUGCUUGAGGGUAAAAAAAAAAAAAAAACAUGGCCACAAGAAGAUGGUGGCUGAGAAAUCGAAGGCUAGUUCCUAAAGUAGAUCCAGGGAAGGUAGAAUUGGAGAGAUGUUUGGACCUUGGGAAAAGGAUGGAGAAGCCUGUUUAUAAUUCAUCUUCACCUUUAGUCAUUUAAAAUCACCCACAUGAAGGAAUGCCCUGGCGGUCCUGUGGUUAGGACUCCGCGUUUUCACUGCCAAGGGCCCAGGUUCCAUCCCUGGACGGGGAACUAAGAUCCCACAAGCCACACACACAGAGUGUGACCAAAAAAAAAAAAAAUCACCCAUAUGAGUAUGCGGUAUGUCCCUUCCUGAAUUUAGCCAGUUCUGACCUGCACACCAUAGAUGAAAAACCAGGCAACAGCAGCUCUGGGGGGAUGGGAGGAGUUAGGGUCCAGCCCUCCCCGUGUCCAAUUUCUCUGUGUCAGCUGUUGUCGCUCAGCUGUCCACUUUCCUCCAGCCCUGUCAUUUCAGCUCUGACACCAAGGCGAGAGGCUAGGAGGUCUACAAACACCGUCUGGGUAGCUGGUGUGAGUACAGAGAGUACUGGGGGGGCUUAGCCCCCAAGGAAGAAGACCAGCCCUCCCCCAGCACCACCGUCAAGAUCCCAGGGGCUCCCUCUUUCCUCCACAGGCUGUGGACUGACUUAGGGAAUUCCAAACGAUGACAGAAAAGGAGGUGCUGGAGUCCUCCUCCUUCCCAGCAGAGACUCGGCAAAGUGGGCUACAGCGGCUGAAGCAAUUAUUCAGGAAGGAGUCUACAGGGACAAAGGAGAUGGAGCUUCCCCCAGAGCCCCAGGCCAAUGGGGAGGCAGUGGGAGCUGGGGGUGGGCCCAUCUACUACAUCUAUGAGGAAGAGGAGGAAGAAGAGGAGGAGGAGCCACCCCCAGAACCUCCUAAGCUUGUUAAUGAUAAGCCCCACAAAUUCAAAGAUCAUUUCUUCAAGAAGCCCAAGUUCUGUGAUGUCUGUGCCCGGAUGAUUGUGCUCAACAACAAAUUUGGGCUUCGCUGUAAGAACUGCAAAACUAACAUCCACGAACACUGUCAGUCCUAUGUGGAGAUGCAGAGAUGCUUCGGCAAGAUCCCCCCUGGUUUCCGUCGGGCCUAUAGCUCCCCUCUCUACAGCAACCAGCAGUACGCUUGUGUCAAAGAUCUCUCUGCUGCCAAUCGCAAUGACCCUGUGUUUGAAACCCUUCGCAGUGGGGUGAUCAUGGCAAACAAGGAACGGAAGAAGGGACAGGCAGAUAAAAAAAAUUCUCUAGCAGCCAUGAUGGAAGAGGAGCCAGAGUCUGCCAGACUACAGGAAGGCAAACCCCAGGAUGGAAACCCUGAAGGGGAUAAGAAAGCUGAAAAGAAGACACCUGAUGACAAACACAAGCAGCCUGGCUUCCAGCAGUCUCAUUACUUUGUGGCUCUCUAUCGAUUCAAAGCCCUGGAGAAGGACGAUCUGGAUUUCCCGCCUGGAGAGAAGAUCACAGUCAUUGAUGACUCCAAUGAGGAGUGGUGGCGGGGGAAAAUAGGGGAGAAGGUCGGAUUUUUCCCUCCAAACUUCAUCAUUCGGGUCCGGUCUGGAGAGCGUGUGCACCGCGUAACGAGAUCCUUCGUGGGGAACCGCGAGAUAGGGCAGAUCACUCUCAAGAAGGACCAGAUUGUGGUGCAGAAAGGAGAUGAAGCCGGUGGCUACGUCAAGGUCUACACCGGCCGCAAGGUGGGGCUGUUUCCCACCGACUUCCUGGAGGAGAUUUAGGCGUGAAGACGCCUGCUGGCGGGAGAUAACCAAACCCCAUUCUGGGCAGGCCCAGUGGAGGUUGGGGAGAAAAGGGGCGAAAGCAACUAUACUGCUGGGUGGGGGAGAUGGGAAGGCCCGCCGGAACGUGACGGUGCUUCCGGGAAGGGACUGGUUCCCGUCCCCCUCCCCCGCCGAGGGCGUCGGAUACUUGGUGCCGGGAGCAGCCUCACUCGCAACCCCUCAGGUCCAGCCUUUGAGAUCUGGAAAAAGAACGCGUCUCCACUAGGGAGACGGGAGGGGGCAUUGAGGCGAACCAUCGAAUGUUGCGAAUUUAUUAAAGUUUUGACAAAAGUUAGAAAAGUUUACCGUUUAACUGGGGGCCGAGGGGAGAGGGAGGAGAGAGGGCCUGGGAAGGGGUGGCGAAUCUUCCCCAGUUCUCCCCUCACUACCAUGGUGCGAGGUGGGGAGACAGAUGCGUCCGCCAGGCAGGGCCUCUGUCGUCAAUGAAGAAAGGGGAGCUGGACUGGGGUCACGGCCCCCGCGCCUCUGCUGCUGGGAGCAGGAUCGGGUAGCAGGGUAGGUCCCACUAGCUCUUAGUGAUUUCGCCGUGGGCAGCCCCUUGCAUUUCCGAACCUGGCUCAGUUCCGAGCUAGGCCGCCAGGGGGCGAUGCAAGAUCUCGGUUGAAGUGCGAGGGACGGGGGUGGGGGGGCGGGGGGAGAGAACCGGAGACACCAAGCCUGAGACCCUGGUCCUGUAAGGGGGUGGGGUGCGUGCCGUCUCCAUGGCAACACUUCCUCAAGUCCUCCGGGAACUGAGCGAGCGAGACGGGGGGGUGGGGGCCUGACCCCUCCCGCGCGGCCCCCGCCCCAGCCCUUUGCGACAGGUACCAAGUGAGAGGGCGCGGGGCAGACAGCUAAGCAGCUCAAGCGGAGACCCCCCCUGCGGUGCGCCGUAUGUAAAUUAUAUUUGCAUAUGCAAAUAUGCAAAUGUACCAGCCCAGGUCGCGGUGGCAGGUGGCGGGGAGCGGGAAGGUGUAGGAAAGGGAGCUGGAGGAGACGAGGAGUUUAGGGACCUGGGAGCGGACCAGUGAGCGGCAGCCUGGGGUGGCCGCUGGAGUGGGGCUGGCUGAGGGUCUUGAGCUAGAUGGCGGGUGGGGGAGGGUCAGCCUGGCCAGUCAAGAGAUCCUCUUCUCUUCUGCCGGUUGUCAGCCAGGCCUGAGGUUGGCACCGCCUAGCAAGGUUGGCAGCGGGAGCCCGGGCACCAUCUGCUGCUGGCGGGGGGAGGGCAGAGUCUCAGCUGGGCUGGGGAAGAGGAGGGCCCGGGACGGGAGCGCCCCCCUUCGUUCCAGAAAGCUGAGGUGUGUUGCGGGUAGGGAAGCACACGAGAAGACUCGCCUCAGAACCUGGUUCGGUUUCCUGUUCCCUUUGCCCUUGACUGAUCCGGACGCCUCGGGGCGGCGGCGGGGUCAUAAAGGGAAGCUCAGGCAGCCCCCUCGAAUCACGCUUGGGCUGGAAUAUCAGAUCGCAGGCCCCCCUCCACCGCUGCACACAAACCUUUGCCCCCAUCCCUCCUCACGAUCCUACCACCAAAGCGGGGGACAGGGACGGAUAGGGCUUGGGUCGCAAUUCUUCAUCAAGCGAUCAAAGGGACUCAAAACCAGAGCCUCCCAAGAUCCUCGAGAGCGCCCCCCACACACAUAAUGCUGAAACAAAACCAAUUUACUGGCUCAUUGGGCGGCAGUGCUGGUGUAGGGGUACCGAGAAACAGAAAGAGCUGCUGUUCUCUCCCCCUACACUCGGGGGGCACCCUCCUCCCCCGCCUCCCGGAGCCGGCAGCUGUCCCUAAUUAGAGCGGCGGUUUAAUUGGAUUUAUCAGCAGUUAAUAGGAAAUUAAGCAAAGGGCCCGAGAGAGGGAGGGUGGGAGGAGCGGGGAGGCUGACUGUGCCGAGUUCGAAGAACGGGUGCUGGGGUGUCAGGGGUGGGGACACAAGGUCCAGUUAUAGCAAUUGAGCCCCUUGGUCACACCCUCCCCCCAGUACUUGCCCUGCCCGUGGACCCUGGCCUGUUGGCAGAGAGCAGGUCUCAGGAGAGGGAGGCAGGAGGGACAGCGACCCUGUGUGAGCCCCCAACGCCCCCCACCCCUGCCAGCAGCCGCCUGGGUGAUAGAUGAUGCUGCCUCACACUGCAAAGGUCAUAAGUCUAGGCCAAGGAGCUGACUGAAUUGAAAACAGACUGAAGGAGGGGCCGGGUUACUAGGGUCCA